AUGGCAGAAGAACUGGAGGAGGUACCUUGUACCUUCCAGAGCUGCAGAAUGAGCUUCAAGUCCGUCAGCGAGAUGCAACACCACAAGGUCAAUGCGGACAGACAUUCUUACUGCAUGAAAUGUGACCUCGACUUCCAGUCUCAGCAGACCCUCCAUCUGCACAAAAUUAUGAGCGAUCGUCACUUUGCUUGCCCUGAAUGCUGUCUCGAGCUCCGCAGUGAGGCUGGUCUAGAGGUUCAUAUGAGAAACAAUCACCACGAAGGUCGUGAAGUCGCUUGCAUGGGCUGUGGUUGCAAGUACAAAUCCGCUUCUGCAGUUAUCAAACAUAUCGAAGACAAGGAAUGCCCGGUUCUUUCUCUGCCAGACAAAGCCCGCGAGGGCGGCAGCUGUGACCUUCAUGGCACAGCAAGCGUUCUGACCAUUGGCAGAGAUUCUCCUGGACCACAGUCUUCACCCUCUGAGACUUCCAGCGAUGACCACGAUACGGACGGCGGUGUUCUGUUGGAUAUCUCUACACCUCGUAUGGAAGGAAAACGCCCUGUCCGCGAUAGCAGUGAUGCUACCAUUCCUCAUAAUGACUGGCCAGAGUUGGGUGCUUCAAUGACCCCAGUCAAGGAAAAAGCAGCAAGCACCACCACUGAGUCCCCCGGAGGUAUCCUCAUCGACGAUGUUUUCGGUACCUCAAUGCACCACGAUAGUCCUUUCCCGUCUCCUCGUGGUGCUAUUGAGCAGUCGGGCGAAGCAGGACCCUCAAGAUCUAAUCCGGCUUCCCAAGCAGCAGGCCCUUCUGGCUAUGCUCGUCCACUUCGAUCUCGAGCCACGGCUCAUCGCAAGAUCCAGGGUGUGGAUCCCGAGAGUUUCUGGAAUGCCGAGAAAGGCCGCUACUACUGUAAUUGCGGUUCCUCUUUCUUGUUUGUUGCCACCUUUGAGUAUCAUCUCACGAUGGAGGAUGAAACAAUCAAUGAUUGCCCUCGAUGCUUCAGACGAUUCAAGACCCUCGCCGCGCUCGUCGCCCACAUGGAGGCUCGAUACUCUAAGUGUGCUUUUCGUGUGACCGCUGGCCAGAUUGAACAGGAACUCAGCGAGGUGACUCGUGGCUUUGCCCAUAUCCCGCGGAUGAUUGGUGAUGAAAUGGAGCCGGGGGAACUCGCUUUCGAUGUGAGUAGCCAGCCUGAGUACAAUCCUCCUAGGUCUUUGAAUGAAGGCAUCGCAUCUUUGAGCGCAGGUGAAGUCUCUUCGAAUCCCGAGGCCAUGUCUUCGCAUGGAGAUGACGUCUCUUCGAGCCCAGUGGCUGUCUCUUCGAAUGGGGAUGGUGUCUCUUCAAAUGCAGAGGCCGUGUCUUCUAUUGCUGAGGCCAUGGCUUCCAUUGCAGAGGCCCUGUCUUCCAACGCAAGGGUUGUCUCUCCCAUCACAGGGACCACUCCCUCAAACGUGGAGUCCUUGGUGGAUAGUCUGGAUAGACUUGUCUUUUCCGAUACCCAAGACGAGGAUGAGGAGGAAGAACUUUGA